UUUUUUUUUGAAAACGAAGAAAUUCAGUUGUUUUGCUCAUUAUUCUUGUUGAUCUCUAUUAACUGCAUUAAAUUAAUUGUAAUUUUCGAUCCGUAGUCUCUGGGUUUUGUCGAUACUACACACACUCUUUGUCCUUGAUCGACAAAUUCAGUGAAAAAAAAAUGGUGGUUGAGAAAGAUGAAGCGAGCUCUUCGUCUCAUGUUCUUAACCCACCCAGAGAAGAAACUCCACUCCUCUCCAAUAACCAAAACCAUCUCUCUUCCCAAACCAAAACAUUUGCCAAUAUUUUCAUUGCCGUAGUUGGGGCAGGCGUUCUGGGCCUCCCUUACGCCUUCAAGCGAACAGGAUGGGUAAUGGGGGCUCUCACGCUUUCAAUUGUGGCAUUUUGUACCUAUUAUUGUAUGAUGCUUCUAGUGUAUUCGAGGAGGAAGCUUGAAACCCAUUCAAAAUCUCCCAAAAUCUCGUCUUUUGGUGAUUUAGGGUUUGCUGUGUGUGGGCCUGUGGGGAGGUUUGCUGUUGAUGCUAUGAUUGUUCUCUCACAAGCUGGGUUUUGUGUAGGAUACACAAUUUUUAUAUCUAAUACUUUAUCAUACCUGUUCAAUCCUGUAUCUGUCACAAACCCUAACCCUAAAAUUUUGGGUGUUUUGCCUAAGACUCUGUAUUUGUGGGGGUGUUUCCCAUUCCAAUUGGGGUUGAAUUCAAUCCCUACAUUGACCCAUUUGGCCCCUCUUAGCAUAUUUGCGGAUGUGGUGGAUUUGGGGGCUAUGGGGGUGGUGAUGGUUGAGGAUGUGUUGGUGUAUUUGAAGAAUAGGCCUGUUUUGCAUACAUUUGGUGGGUUGAGUGUUUUCUUCUAUGGAUUUGGUGUGGCGGUGUAUGCGUUUGAAGGGAUAGGAAUGGUUUUACCCUUGGAAUCAGAGAUGAGGGAAAAGUCCAAGUUUGGGACUACCCUUGGCCUCACAAUGGGGUUCAUAUCGUUGAUGUUUGGCGGGUUUGGGGCGUUGGGGUACUUUGCGUUCGGGGAAGAAACGCAGGACAUCAUCACGACCAAUUUCGGGCAGGGGCUGCUCAGCUGCAUAGUCCAAAUCGGGCUGUGCAUCAACCUGUUUUUUACGUUCCCGGCAAUGAUGAACCCGGUUUAUGAAGUGAUGGAGAGGCGGUUGUGUGAAGGGAAGUAUAGCUUGUUGGUGAGAUGGGGGAUGGUGUUGGGUGUGAGCUUGGUGGCAUUGUUGGUGCCUAACUUUGCCGAUUUCCUGUCGCUCGUGGGGAGCAGUGUGUGUGUGGUUUUAGGAUUUGUGUUGCCUGCAAUGUUUCACCUGAUUGUGCACAAGGAAGAAUUGGGGGUUCUUGGUUUUGCUUGUGAUGGAGUGAUCAUUGUUUUGGGAAUAGUUUUUGCUGUCUAUGGAACCUGGUCUUCCCUGGUAGUGAUCUUUGGAACUAGUGCUUAAUAGCACACACACUCUCUCUCACUCUCAGAGAGAGUAAUAAUAGACAACUCCUUUUGCUCCAGUUUUCUUGCCUUCCAUUUUAUGUUUAAUAUAAUUUGGAAAUGUAUAAAAGCAGGUGUCUCCUUUUCUUGGCAUAAAAUACUGUAAACUGUGUGUGGAGUUAUAAUUGUGUUGUAGGACAGGAUAUGUAAUGUUAGAGUGCAUUUGGUUUAUGAGUUUACACGAGGAACAAGAAUCAAAAUCAUAGUUAAUGUUUGGUUGACAACUUUUUAAAACACAACUAUGGGAUUUGAUUACUCAUUCAAUUAAAAAUUUCAUUCUCUAAUUAAAAACGGGUAUCAUUCUAUCUUAUUGUUGAAAUAUUAAAUAUAUCUGCCUUGGGCAGUCCACAUCUUUGACUUCUUGGGCAGACUUCUUGAGCAGUGCAGUGUAGUGUCUACCUAGAGCAGUGUAGUUUUAUUAUGUCUCUUGUGUGUAUAUAUAUUAGUGUGUAUAUCUGAAAUAAUAGAGUGUAGAGAGUAGAAACAUCUUGUAAUCUUUGUAUAGAUCAGAAAUAUAAAUCAGAAACUUUUCUUUCAGUUCUGAA